AUGUCUCAAGGUCCCAAGGUCAACAGAAAUUAUUUCUACCCGCAUGUAGCAGAUCAGCCGUCCUCCAGUUCAAAUCCGUCCAUGACCAACAAACUCCCUGCCUCUCCUGCCACUGUUAAUGCUCCAGGUUCUCAGUACAGCCAGAACUUUCCCCACACAUCCAUGAACCGACAAUCCUCUAUCGCCCCCACAUACUCUACCUAUGCCUCUCCUUCUACUUCUGCUAGCUAUGCCGCAGCUGAAUACGUCAUACCAGAAACAACUCGUUCCAGCCCUGUUCAUGAAACACGCCAUCGUAAAUCCGGUUCCUCAUCGAGACUGUACCAGGACUCAUGCUCUUCAGACACAUGUUCUCAACCAUCCUUACUCUCCACUCCUCCUCCUUUUAACGCGCGACCUACUCAGGAAUGGCUCACUCAAUUGCCGGCUGACAUUUCAGUCAGGUCAACAGCUCAAGACACAAAGCGUGACUCACCCAGUUCCCGUUACCAGGAAGUCUCAAGAACAAGUGACCGCUCGACUUCGGGAUUGAGCUCCCCAGCACCAAUAUCAGUGGGUGGUAGCCCUUCUCGUAUUAAGGGACGUCCACGAGUAAAUGGGUUGUACGUAGGAGAUUACGAUCCGAAGAGGAGGCCCCUCACCUCUAGGGCGGUUCGCAUAAAGGAGACAGCGGAAAAACAGGCAGCGGUAAGACUAUCGGUAGGAAGACAGACAGGGGAGAGCCCGACAGCCGACAGCCGACAGGGAGAAAGCAGAAAGACUAUCGGCAGGAAUACAGACAGCGGAGAGCCCAACAGUCGACAGGGAGAAAGCAGAAAUAAAGACCCCCGAGGAAUGGAAGAAUGGCAGAAUGAGAAGAAAUAUACAGGCUGGAUUUGA